CCUCACGCCACUGCCAUGGCAACGGCUCGUGAAGUCACGGCGAGCGGGGCGGCCGCUUCCAGCGCGGGGUGCUGGGAUGGGAGCGUGGGAGGCAGCGCGGCCCCCCCGCUCCCCGCAGCCCCCCGGAAUGAGCUGUGCCCCCGGCAGCGCCGACGCCUCCGCCUGACCCCCGUGCUGCCCGCCGUGCCCGUGUCACCCUGCCCGUGUCACCCUGCCCGUGCCACCAUGCUCGUCAAGGAGUACCGCAUCUGCAUGCCGCUCACCACCGAGGAGUACCGCGUGGGGCAGCUCUACACCAUCAGCAAGCACAGCCACCAGGAGAGCGAGAAGGGCGAGGGCGUGGAGGUGGUGAAGAACGAGCCCCAUGAGGACCCCGUCCACGGCCCCGGGCAGUUCACUGAGAAGCGUGUCCACCUCUCCAGCAAACUGCCCAGCUGGGCACGGGCGGUGACCCCCCGCAUCUUCUACAUCACUGAGAAGGCCUGGAACUACUACCCCUACACCAUCACGGAGUACACGGGAGCAGCUGACAGCCGCUCCCUGCAGUGCUCCUUCCUGCCCAAGUUCUCCAUCUACAUCGAGACCAAGUACGAGGACAACUGCGGGGACAGCGAGAACAUCUUCCACAGUGACAAAAUCCUGGGUGACCACGAGGUCUCUUUCCUGGACAUCGCCUUCGACGAGAUCCCUGAGCGCUACUACCGCAGCCUGGAGGACCCCCGUUUCUUCAGCUCGGCCAAGACGGGCCGGGGGCCGCUGCGGGAGGGCUGGCGCCAGCACACCAAGCCUAUCAUGUGCUCCUACAAACUGGUGAGCGUCAAGUUCGAAGUGUGGGGGCUGCAGACGCGGGUGGAGCAGUUCGUGCACAAGGUGAUCCGGGACAUCCUGCUGAUCGGGCACCGACAGGCUUUCGCCUGGGUCGACGAGUGGUGCGGGAUGACGAUGGAGGAGGUGCGGCGCUACGAGCAGGAGACGCAGGAGGCCACCAACGAGCUCAUCGGCCUGGUGGCACCGGCCAUCUCGGUCAGCGACGUGGGGCAGCCCACGGCCACGCACUCGGCCCCUGCCAGCGCCCCCUCCACCCCCCUCAGCGACGAGGCCCCCGAGUUCCUGGCUCCCCCCAAGACUCGCCCGCGGAAGAAGUCGGCCCCGGAGACCCUGACGCUGCCCGCGCUGCGGGAACGCGCUGGCGCCGAGUGACGCCGGCAGUGCCACCACUCCGUGCUGGACUGUGCCAGCUCUGCCGCCCACCCCGGCCCCGCCGACAGGUGCAGAGCCCAGGGAGAGACCCGGACCCGCUGUCAGGGCGCUGGCAGCCCUGGGGUGUGCUGGUCUCCCUGGGCCACCGUGGGUGCCCGCACGGGUCAGUGCCACCACUGCCAUGCCAGACCCGCUGGCUGCACCAGGAGGGGACGCCAGGCCAGCGCGGGUCCCCGGCAGCGUCGGCCAAUGCCGCGGAGCUGCUUCCCUCGACUCCACCCGCCCCGGUGUCCACAAGGGCCACCGAGGCUGGCGAGCAGUGGGGAGGUGCCAGCUGGUGCCCACCUGCCGUGGUUGGGCUGGUGGCCGGUGCCAGGCUGGAGCAGUGCCCUGCAGGGUAGGCACCAGUACGGGGGCACAGUGAGGGUGACAGUGACAGCCAAGCACUGGGCUGGGGCUCCCCACCGGACCCCAAGGGGCUGCACAGCCCCGUGCACGGCUGGUCCCGCAGUCGGGGUUCCCUUCGCUGUCCCUCCAGAGGCCGUGGCUGCUCGAGAGGGGCUGGGGUGGGCUCAGCCCCUUGUUUUCUUUAGGAAAACAAUGGCCUUUUUGGAAAUAAAGCUCGAGACACGGCA